AUGCUCUCUGCUCUUCCUGCUUCCGACACUUUGUUCGGAAACCCAUUCUCGGCGUUCGACGGCUGUUUCACGCCGUGGGAUGGCCCUGACUUUUGUUUGGCCUUCAAGCCCAACAGCCCCAAGCCCGUUACUUCAAGCUCCGGUUCGGACGACCCCAACAAAACCCAUGUCGCAUCCGUUAUGGACGAGCGAAGGCGAAGGCGAAUGAUAUCGAACCGGGAAUCCGCAAGGAGGUCACGUAUGCGUAAACAGAAGCAUCUAGAGAACUUACGGAACCAGGUGAACCUGGUUAGGAUCGAAAACCGGGAACUUAGCAACGGGUUGCAAUUCCUCCUGCAUCACUGUGACCGCGUACGAACCGAAAACGAUUGGCUCCGGUCCGAGCGAACCAGGCUCCGGCAAAAAUUGUCCAACAUAAGUCAAAUUUUGGUUUUACAACAAUUGCAACCCUCCUCUGCAUGGCCAUGCAAUGUUGUCACAGCGGAAUAAACCUUGAUCAUGA